GUCUUAGCAUUAUGAUGCCAACUGCGCGAAAGGCUACUCCUAGUCCAAGAAGGAUAUAGAUGCAUUUAACAGGAAUCUGGUGUAGAUUUACAAGAUAUCCACCUCAAAAAAGCAUAGGGCCAAGUACGAAUAUGACCAUUGUUGUGACCAUCAUUGGAUCUGUCACUGAGCAUCCUAUUGCGAAGCCCAGAGAUGUACCGAAGAACACAACUGAAACUAAGAUACAUGAGAAGAUCAUUAAUUUAUCGAACUCUGGAGUCAAUCCUGCUGCAAAAUACACAAUCAAAGAUGCCAAAAAGGGAAAUAAAAGUUGGAAAGGCGCCUCAAUAACUGACUUUGAUAGGAAGUAACUCCAGAUCCCAUAGGUCUUACUGGCAUAUUCUCUCGAGAAAAUAGGUCCCUCAUCGAUAAAGUUCAUUGCAACAGAAAACAAAGCUUGCAUGGUCUGGUCUACACUCAUGAAGAACGUAAAGCCUAUUUUAUUUUUAACUCCUUUGGCAUCAUAACCAAGAUUCCAGAUGAAAAUCAAACGAUAACACUGAUCAUGACAGAGGCUACAAAGCGGAGCUUGAGAUGAGUAGGGUUUCUAUAAGUAUUUCUCUCAGCUCUUUUCAAAAUGAGACAGAACUGUGGUAUUCUUUGAACUUAUUAACAUCUGCUUCUUCGAGACCGAUAUCACUCUCCCUGAUCUGUUUGGUCAUUCCGUUCUAAAUAUUAGGAUUGGUAUAAAAUUCUUCUGAAAUGAACAACUAAGAAGCUGGAAAUGACUUUUGUUUUAAACUUACUUUAUCCGAGAGCUUGUUUUUAUAAGCCUCCGUUAAGAUUUCCAGAGUGUGGACGUCCUCCUCUGAUUUGUUGAAUGGCAUGUAGAAUUUUUGUAGAAAAUAGUCAGCUGGGUUUGAAUAGCUUGGAACACUAAAGCCAAUUCAUUCGAAGUACUCAAAAGACUGACUAGCAGCACCCUGAUAUAUCUGGUGGCCAUCCAUGAGUCGGAUAAGUUUGUCAAAGAGCCCAAAUGUUUGGGAGCUUGGUUGAUGGAUGGUGGCUACGACAGUCUUCCCUAGCUUUGCCUGGCUUACCAGCAGUUUAACGAUCUUAUGAGCUGUGAAGCUGUCUAGGCCUGAAGUAGGCUCGUCUAGUCACAAAAUCUGAGGGUCUGUCACCAGUUCAAUGCUAAUGGCUGUGCGUUUGCGCUCCCCGCCACUCAAACCCUUGAGAAGCUGGUUUCCAAUGAAAGUAUGUCUACAAUUGUUGAGGCCCAGGUCUUCGAUGAUCGUGUCCACUCUGGCAGAGAUCUGAUGUGGUAGCAAUAUAAGCUUGAGUCUAGCUGAGAAUGCAAUAACUUCUUCACAAGUCAGUGUCGGAAACAACACGUCGUCUUGCAUCACAUAUGCUCCAUAUUUCCCGAAGCUGCUCUGUCUAACAGAGUGUGUGUCAUUUAUAAGGACUUGUCCCUGAAGCUUAGCAGACUUCGAGUUGGUGAGGCGGUCACAGAGAGCAUUAAGAAGAGUGGUUUUACCAGCACCAGAUGAGCCCAUGAUGAAUCAAGCUUGGCCUGGUUAGAUGGAGCCACUUUGAAGUUUGAGUAUGGAUUUCUCUUUGGAGUUGGAGUUCUUACAGACUCUGCUUUUAGUCUUAACAGUGUAAGUAAGAUUAUGCCAUGAAAGCUUCAUUCCUACACUCUUGUAAUCAUCUUCCUCAACUAAUAGUUGU